AUGCCUACUGCGUCGCUAAUGUCACAACGGGCCCGAUCUCUACUGAUGGCACCUGUGGUCCCAAUAGUCCCAGCGGAGCCACAUGCGUGGGAUCCAUAUUUGGAGACUGCUGCAAUAACGCAGGCCAAUGCGGCAAUGGCACUGGAUACUGUUACUACGGUAACUGCUCCUCUGGACCUUGCCUUAACCAGACUUCUCCAGAUGGCAGCUGUCGGCCUGCAAACAACUACUACGACUGCGCGUCGGGAUACUGCUGCAGUACGUCAGGGUAUUGCGGAAACACCUCUGAUUACUGCGGGCCAGUAA